AUGUUGAACAAGAUUGCGGUUAUUGGAGGCGGGGCAGCUGGGAUCAUUACCGUGGAUACGCUUGCCAGAUGCCAGGAUCAGAGUUGGGAGAUAGUUGGGUUUGAAGGCAGAGCAGCGUUAGGUGGUGUAUGGAGCGAUAUUCCUGGAACAAGACUAGAUGACCCUGAUAUCUUUGGACGACUGAGAACCAUAGCGACGGAAAUAGAUGGAGAUUUAUCAGCAGAACAAAUAUUCCACCAAGGUUCUCCAGUUGUUGAUGUGAGGGGUCAUGUUAAAGAUAUUAACCAAUUAUUACCGACAAGCUAUGAUCAGCCGUUGAAGUUAAAUAAGACAACAAUGCUGAGGGAUGGUAUUUUCUUUUCGAACAAAACAGGGUUGCAUACUGACUCCAGGAGUAGCGUUCCGAAAGGGUUUAUGGAGUUUGACCCAAUUCCAAGAAGACGUACGACGAGCGGGGAUCCAGUAUUGUAUACAUGGAAGGAGGUUCGCGAAAACAUAAACGAUUAUGUGAGCAAGAAUGACAUUUAUAAGUAUUACAGAAUGAAUACUUCUAUCGAGCUAAUUGAUAAAAUGUCGCAUAAUGAAUGGGUGGUUGUAGCAAAAAGAACGGAUGCUGCCAAAAAUAUAGAAGAAUGGUAUUUGGAGACAUUUAACGCUAUUGUUAUUUGUUCCGGUUACUUCCAGGUACCUUAUAUCCCAUUUUACAUGAAUAAAUUUACGCAACACAAUCCUGGAAUACACAACUUUAAUGUAACAUUCCCCGAAGUUCUUGUUCACACAAGAGACAUCGAUCAAUGGUACCAUAAUGUCUUACCCAAACUUGAAGCAAAAGAUGAAACGCACAAAAUCUUAAUCGUAGGUUCAGGUAUGAGCUGUAUUGACGUGCUUCCCAAAAUAGCCGCUAUGCAAAAACUGAAUAUCAUUAUCUCAAAAAUACCAGGAACCUCUGAGUCGGAGCAACCCAUCGAAUGGUUUAAUGAGUGGUUAUCAAAUAAUGAUCGCAUUACGUUGAAGAGUUCAAUCUUAAAUUUCCUAAAUAUUAAAGGACACCCCGCCGUCCAAUUCACUGACGGCUCAAUUGUAGACAACAUCUCUCACAUCAUAUUCGCCACAGGAUACAUGCCUUCACUUCCAUUUCUCGCCCGUAACCUCGCAAGCGCAAUUAAGGUCUACGUUACUUCUGACAAGUCUACCCUCAACCUCGCCUGCACAGGUGCAUCCAGAGUUACAAGCUUAUAUGUACACACAGUAUCCAUAUCUGAUCCAACGCUUGGCUUCGUAUUCAACUCCCAAACCCCAAUUUUCCAGUCCUUCCAUUUGUCUGCCCAGAUGUUAGCUGGAAUAUGGAGUCGUUACAAUAAUCUACUGAAAUUACCAAAAGUAACAAAAAACCCAUGGUCUCAAAUACUACCCUCCAUCGAAGCUCAACUAGAAUGGGCACGCAGAAGACUGAAAGAUACAGGAAACAACUCAAAGUUCCAUUGUUACAAUUCUGUAUCAGUCCCAAAAAGUUCAUGGCUAGCUGAAUGUCGCGAAUUUUUUUACGAUCCUUCUAUUGCCAAUCACAUGCUUCCGACUGGAUUUGAAAUGUUAAUCGAACGAUCACUAAAGGAGAUAGAAGAAACCUUUAGAAAAGUGUCUCAAUCAGGUAGCUGA